AUGCCACUGCAUCUGGCGCCGAAGAAGAGCUAUCAUCCGUACAACCGCGAGAACGUUGAGCGGGUACGGCGCGACGAGGAGGAGGCGCGUACGAAGGACGAGGCGGAGGCGCAGCGUUUGGCGGAUGCGGACCGCAGCGACCGCCUCGAGACGCUGCGGCGGCGGCGCGACGUGCGCGACGGCGUCGCGGUCGAGACGAACAACGCGUCGAUCACGACGCACGACGGCCACAUUAACUUUUGGCAGGACUGCGAGAGCGGGCACAUGCCGCAGGCAAAGGAGGCGCCGAAGCAAGAGUCCCUGUCGCAGUACAUGGAAAAGACCGCCCUCGAGCUCAAGCCGUGGUACGCCAAUGCGGACCUGCGCAACGGGCGCGAGCAGCGAAAAACCGAGGAUGAGCAGUUGGAAGACUGCUACAAGGAUACGGUGCGCAAGUCGUCACACGAUCCCCUGAACGCCGUGCAGACGUACAUGCGGCAAAAAGCGCCGCCACGCACCUGGGGGGCGAAGCGCGCGUCCGAGCCGCAGUCGAUGGAGGACGAGCGGCAGGCACGCGAGGCGCGCGAACGUGAGCGCGCCGCACAGCUGCGUGCGAAGCGCACGCCAGACCGGUUUUUUCGAAACGAGGCUCCCGAGACGAGUCCCGCACGCACGCCCACGAACGAGCCAAGCAGCGACGGACUCUGGGCUGAGAUGGAUGAGCCUCCGUUCCUUGCGGCAGGCGCAUCGCAGCCGGAUGCCGACGAUUCGUUCGCGUCGCUGGACGAUACCCUCUUGCACGAUACCCCCGAGGCACAUGUAGAUACCGAGCCUCCCGACGGACCGAUGCGCUACGGGCGCGAGUCGAUGUACGUCGAACUCGUCCAGGAGAUGAUCUGUGUCGUGCUCGAGCACGAGAGCCAUCUCUUUUCGGAGCGCGAGCGCGACUGCCUGUCGCAGACCUUUCUCCUCCCGUACGACGCACGCUACCUGCUCGUGCGCCUCGUGCAGCGCAAACGCGACUGGCACCGGAUCGACCGCCUCGCGUACGACAACGAUGUUCGCGACCUGCACGCCGCAUGCACCCAUCUCUGCCGCCCGUUUGCCGCCCCGGGCAACGACGACGAACUAUACCGCUUUGCCAUGAUGGACGCAGAGAUGCAAGGAGGUCUCGAGGCGCGCCUCUCGCUCCUGACACUGGAUGAGCUCAAAAGCCUCGCGAGGCGACUCGGCGUGCCGCGCCACACGACGCGCGACGCGCUCACAGCGGCGCUGCUGGCAAAGCCAAAGAAUGCGACGCUCCUCGGCCUCGCUGAUGCGGGCCGGCGCGAACUGCGUGUCGACUUCCAGGCGACGCACCGCCGCCUCGAAGAGGAGCUGGAGCGCGCCAUGGCGGGCUGCAUCAAGCUCGUGCCGGACGUGUGUGCGCUGAUCGACCGCGUGGCCCUCGUCUACUACCGCGGGCGGCCGGCGCUGGGCUCGCUCCUGACGUCCGGCGUGCUGUCCCGCACGCGCAAGUGUCACUUUCCAAGCUACCGCACACGUCGCACGCCCGAUCUCUUUGCCUCGCGCGACGCAUUGCUGCAGUACGAGUACGCACUCCAGCUCGAAGAGGCUAUGGACACGCAGAUCGAGGCACUAGGUACGCCCGACGCCGCCUCGGACGGCGUUGUCGUCCUGGACGAGGCGUGGCCGCUGUGGAAAGCGGGGCUGGCCGACCUGCGCAAAACGUUUCCGCACGAUAUCGACCAGUCGACCUAUGUGCGCAUGCGCUUCCACCCCGGCUGGGUCCUCACGCGCGUCCUGUACAAAGGGUGUGAGUGCCUUGCCCGCCUCGGCCAGCGCGAGCGAGAACGUAGCAUCCUGCGUGCGCUGCUCAGCCAGCGCUUCUUUCGGCGCGGCCGCCGGGGCCAGUGGCACGACCGCCUCGCACUCCUGUGCGCCAAGGCGGACGGGCGCGGCGCACACGAGGCGAAGCAGGAUGCCCUGGCGUGCUGCGUCGCGGCGCUCGCCGAUCCGGAUACGCACCUCGUCUAUGUCUUUGGUCUGCAGCGGCGCAUUGAGCGGCUUGAGGGGCAGCUCAAGAUACCCCGCGCCGAGCGCCGCACGUUUGUGCACAACCAGCUGCGCCAGGCGAAGGAGGUGCGCAUUACCGGCGUGCGCCUUCCCCCGGCCACCUCGACGCAUGGCCGCAGCGUGUGGCGCAGCGCACGCAACGAGCCGUGCACGGUGGAAGAGCUGUGCCUCGAAGCCUAUGCGCGCCGCCACUUUCGUGGAUUCCACUGCGAAGGCAACGUCGUGCUCUUUUUGUUUACGCUGCUCAUGUGGGACGUCCUCUUUAUGGAUGUGGAUGGCGCGUUUGAGACGGCGUACCAGCGCGAGCCGCUCGACUUGCCUACCGAUGUGUUUGCAGUAGCGCGGCACGAUGCUAUCGCCGCGCGCCUCGCCGUGAUCGAAGCGACCGGCGGCCUGGACCUGCUGCGUGCGGCAGACGCACGCGAGCGCCCGCUCAAGACGUACGCAGUCGCGUGCCGCUGGGACGAUUAUUCUCAAAGCGACCUCGAGGAAAUCUGCGAGUGCAUCGGUGGCCAUGCCCUUGCGCUGCUGUGCCGCCUGCUGUGCGAAGAGUGGGCGAUGCGCACGAGCGGAUUCCCCGACCUGUGCCUAUGGCGCUACGAGGACCGCGCGAUCUGCUUUGCCGAGGUCAAGAGCCCCAACGACCGCCUCAGUGAAAAGCAAAAAGUCUGGAUCGAUGUACUGCUGCGUGCCGGCAUUGCCGUCGAGCUCGCACUGGUUGACGACGAGGAGAACCAUCAUUCGCCCCCAAAGCGACGGCGCUCGUAA